GAAAAAGUUCAAGCUACACAGAUGCAAGAAAGUCAAUCCCCCAGAGAACGGAUCCAGCUCCAGCCAGCCCAAUGAUCCGACGACCCAGACUAAGAAUACCACGAAUUGGCCUCGCGCGGCCGCCUAUUCGGAGGUCAAUUCAUCAUGUGCCGCCUCUGGCCCAUGACUUCCGCAACGGAGUCCCUGGGCUUCUCUCGCCAGAGGGCUUCGACAUCGCGUGGACGCAGUACAUGACGCUGAUGAUGGAGAAGCUCAACGCGUUAACAGCGGGCACCGAAUACGAGCAAAAAGAAGUCAAGACGAUCGUGCUCAACACGGCCCGCGAGCCCGCCGAGGCGCCCAUCUUCAAUCACGCCUCGAUGGCGCACAACAACCACUUCUUCUUCAAGCGCCUGUCCCCUGCGCCCGUGGCGAUGCCCGAGUCGCUGCGCUCCGCCCUCGAGGAGUCCUUCUCGUCGGUCGAGACGCUGCGCCGCGAGUUCGUCGUCACCGCCUCGGCCAUGUUCGGCCCGGGCUUCGUCUGGCUCGUCAAGCUCGGCGCCCGCGACGCCCCCGGCCAGGCCAACCCCUUCCGCCUGCUCACCACCUACCUGGCGGGAAGCCCCUACCCGGGCGCCCACUGGCGCCGCCAGCCCGUCGACCGCAACUCCGUCGCCGCCGGUACCCCCGCCGCGGGGCCCCUGAGCGGCACCGGCGCCGGCGCUGGCGUCUCCGCGAAGGCCGCGGCGCCCGGCGGCAUCGACGUCACGCCCGUGCUGUGCCUGAAUACGUGGGAGCACGUCUGGCUGAGGGACUAUGGGCUCGGCGUCGGCGGGUACGGCGGGAAGAGGCAGUUCGUGGAGGAGUGGUGGAAGGCGAUCGAUUGGGAAGGCGUGGCGAGCGAUGCUAACAUCACGAGGCCGACGUACAAGCGGUGAGCGAUGCUCGCAAUUGGGGGGAAGGGCAUUAUGUAUCUGGUCUUGGGUUGGUCGCUUGACAGGGUAUGCCCGCUUGAUGCAAUGCAGCUUCGGGCCCUUCGGUGGUGCCGCGGGUGGCUUUGUACGAUACGGGACAAAAAAAGGAACUCCCAGAGCAAAGGGUGCUCAACCAUGUGCUAGCCCGGCAUCCGUUAGUUGGCAUAUGCUUCAUGUUUCAAUACUGUAUACAGGAUAGAUAUGGCAUGGAAUAUACGCUGUCAAACAGCCUCGCGUCA